AUGAAUACGUCGCAUUCUUUUGAGGCGGCUACUUCUGACUAUGAUGAGUCCUUUGACAUUUCUGAGUUUACGUCAAUACACACCGGGCAUCUCAUAUAUUCAUACGAGCACGGAAGACGAUACCAAGGCUUUGUGCAGAACCGUUACGGUAUGCCGAAUGAUGAGGCGGAGCAGAUGAGAGAGGGUAUCAAACACAAGCUCUACACAGACUACAUCCUAGAUGGAAAGCAGUUUCAGGCACCUGUCCCCGAUUGCCCGCAAAAAAUUGUUGAUUUGGGGACCGGUGCCGGAUACUGGGCGUUGGACGCCGCAGAGAAAUUCCCUAGUGCCCGAGUCAUUGGCACCGAUCUUUCGCCAAUUCAACCGCAGUGGGCUCCCCCAAACGCCGAGUUCCGAGUCGAAGAUUUGGACGACGAGCGCCGCCCAUGGUCCAGUAUUUAUGCCGGCGCAGAUGUCAUUCAUAUCAGGGCUUUGCUACCAACGCUCAGAAACCCAAAACUUGUUUUACGAAGAGCCUUUGAAAAUUUGAAGCCAGGUGGAUGGGUUGAGUGCCACGAAAUCAUUAGCAGCGUCUUUUCAGAAGACGGCGCGGUGAAUCACGAACACCCACUAAACAAAAUAUACGACCUGAUCAACGGGUCAUUCUCCGAGGUGUAUGGAUGGAAUCUCCAAAUCGCAACGCAGAUCCCCGACGUGCUCGGCGAGAUUGGCUAUGUCAACAUAACACAGAGGAAAAACAAGAUCCCGUUUGGACGAUGGCACCGCGACGCCAAGAUGCGAGAGAUGGGCAUCUUUAACCAGAUAAUACACUCGGAGUGGUUGCCCACUAUGUUUGUGAAGCAUGAAGCAAUGGGGAUAACGGCGGAUGAGGCCGAGAGUAUUGGACAAGAGAUCCUGGAUGCGUUCAAUAAUCCCGAUAUCCGGUCGCACAACAUCUGGGUGGACUGUUGGGCGCAGAAACCUUUGACAGGGUAG